AUGAAGACGAGAGCCAAGACGGCGGCCAGUCGCAAGGCGAUGAGCGGACGCCAUGAUGGCUACAAUCAAGACAAGGCCGUCAGCAGUGCGGAGAAGAAGAGACAGAAGCGUCAGAUCAAGGCCAAGGCCAAGGUGAAGCACGCAACGAAAGUCGAGGCCAAGAAACGAUGGACCAAGAAGGAGCGCUUAAGUAGCAGCAGCGACAACAACACGAGUGACGCGCUACUUCAGCCUGAAGUGGACGAUGGGUUCAUCCAGUUUGAAGCCAGUACAAACCGUGGCAGACGUGGAGAGGACAGCACAAGUGGACAUAGAACACACGAGACGUCACAAGAGGAGACAGACGCUGCUGCUGCUGCUGCUGCUACUUCUUACGCUGGACGUGCGGCCGUGGAUGGUGCAAGAGAAGGCGCGGAACGAUGGAGUCGGGAGGAGCUUAUUCAGGAGAUGCGGGAGAUCGUCAAGGAGCUGUGGCCAGGAGCGACGGUCGAGACCUUUGGCUCCCAUUACACGCAAAUGUUUCUGCCUCAGAGUGACAUUGACAUGGUGCUCUUUGGUGUUCCUGGGGGAACGGAGCCGCUGUUUAAACUCGCGCAGUGUCUCGAAGAGAAGGACUUGGUAAGUUAUCUUGAGGUGAUCCACAAGGCUCGGAUUCCGAUCGUCAAGAUGGUGCACAAAGCUAGCGACAUCCACGUCGACGUGUCGUUUAAUGUAGCAGGUGGCUUGGCCACGGGUGACCUCGUGAAACACUUUAUGCGCGUGUACCCGUCGUUCCGUCCACUGACGCUUGUACUGAAGUACUUUAUGGCGCAGCGAGGACUGAAUGAGACGUACUCGGGUGGUGUGGGGUCUUUCUUGCUACAGCUCAUGGUCGUGAGCUUUUUACAGCACAAUGGACGUGCACUGGGGGCUAAACACGAUGAUCCCAGGUUUAACAAUUUGGGGCAAUUGCUGGUGGGAUUCUUUACGUUGUACGGAAGGGAUUUUAAUUACACGGAUCUUGGCAUUUCGGUGCGAAAUGGUGGCUCAUACUUUUAUAAGGAAGACCGCUAUUGGUGUGAUGCUGGACGACCCUUUCUGAUCGCCAUGGAAAACCCGAAUGAACCGAGCUUGGACGUUGGCAAGAAUUCGUUUGAAAUUCGCACGGUCCAGCGUUCUUUCGACUAUGCUCGUCAAGUAUUACAGAACGAAAUUUGCCGUCAUGGUCGCUUCAAAUCUCUUUCUGGUAGCAUUCUGGGCACGAUUAUUCAGGGAGAUAGUAACCUGAUAAAGCGAGAUGCGCCUGAUAGUUUUGGUUUCGAUGUUCUACACCACGAUCCCGAAAAGACGGCCGCGAUUCGCAAGCAGUACGAGAUGCGGCGUGAUGAGGAAAUGAACAAGAAGCGUGCAGCAGAGUCGGCACAGCAGAAUCGACGAAGGGGAGGCGCUAACGAUCCACCUUACAAACGAUGGAGAGAACGAUCUAGUCGGGCAUACUAA